UCAAAAUAUAUAUCAUUUGAUGUUUGAGUCCUAUCAUGUUGCCUUUUUACUGUUCACUAUUCAAUGACGUAAGAUGUCAUGUUCUUUUGUCUGAAGGAAAAGCCGUUUUUUUUUAAUUCACUAUUCUCCAGGAAGAACCGGUUACCAACCGCAAAUGCUUUGCUUCUUUAUUUUCUCUUUUUGAGUUGGAUUCAGCCUUUUCUCUUUUUUAGCAAUUUCCAUUCUUGGUUUCACCCCCUUAUUAUUACUACUUGCCUAAAAGGGCUAAUCAUUUCUGUCUUCCAUCCUUUUUGGGCGUUCACUUCCUAUCCUUCUGCCAAUUCAUUCUGGACUGCUAAAGGUUCAACCUUGACAAUUAUGCAGCAAGUUGUGUAACCAACUAAUUGAGCUACUAAGAUACCCCAUUUAAAAGGGUCUUGACUCUCCGUGGAUUAGAAUCUCCGAGGCUUCUGAAUUGAUGCCUGGGAAUGCAUAUGGCUGCAUAUACAGAUUUUUCACCACCAUUUGCUAUAGUAGAAGGGGGUCAUAGUAAGGAGAAUACAUCUGCUGUUAAGGAUGAAUUACUAGAGGGAUCGAACGAACUAAAGCAGACGAUUGAUAAACCACCACGAGAUCUCUCUGUUGUACAGCAUUCCGCGAGCUCUGCUGCACUUGUAGCGGAUACUGAUUUGGAUUGUGAAAUAACAGAGAAGGGUUUCCAGCACCCUUCAAAGGGACAAUCAGACUUUGAACCAAUAUUUCGUUCUGGAAGCUGUGCUGAGAAAGGACCCAAACAGUACAUGGAGGAUGAACACAUCUGUAUAGAUGAUCUAGUCAUACAUGUUAAUGAGAUUGCAGGUUCCACUUUCCCUGCAGCGUUCUAUGGGGUUUUUGAUGGCCAUGGGGGUACUGAUGCAGCACUAUUUGUGAGGAAUAAUAUCCUCAAGUUCAUAAUUGAGGAACCCUGUUUUCCUAUGUGUUUAGAGAAGGCAAUCAAGAAUGCUUUUUUGAAGGCUGACUAUGCCUUUGCCGACGAUAGUUCAAUUGACAUAUCCUCUGGCACCACGGCACUGACAGCUCUAAUGUUUGGAAGAACCAUGAUCGUUGCUAAUGCAGGAGAUUGUCGUGCUGUGCUGGGGAAACGAGGUAGAGCCAUUGAGUUGUCUAAGGACCACAAACCAAAUAGCGCAUCUGAAAGACAUCGAAUAGAAAAACUUGGAGGAGUCAUAUAUGACGGAUACUUGAACGGACAGUUGUCUAUAGCACGCGCCUUAGGAGAUUGGCACAUGAAAGGCCCAAAAGGUUCUCCCUGCCCUUUGAGUGCUGAGCCUGAGUUGCAGGAAACAUUGCUGACCGAAGAUGAUGAGUUCCUAAUCAUGGGUUGCGAUGGUCUUUGGGAUGUUAUGAGCAGCCAAUGUGCUGUUACAAUGGCCCGGAAAGAACUCAUGCUGCAUAACGAUCCAGAAAGAUGUUCAAGAGAACUUGUAAGGGAAGCCCUCAAGCGCAACACGUGUGAUAACUUAACGGUAAUUGUAAUUUGUUUCUCUCCUGAUCCUCCACCUAGGAUAGAAAUUCCUCCUGCUCGAAUAUGUCGAAGCAUAUCAGUUGAAGGACUCAAUCUUCUAAAAAGUGUCCUGGAAAGCAACUCAUGACAAGAUUCUGGGAAAUGAAUGGCCUACCCAGUAUAACUCCACCCACUCGGGGCGCGCUGUCAACUCGCUUAGCUGAUCGUAGUUUAUGAAAUCCUGUAUAUCGUAAAUCUGUUGUAUCGAUAUAAGAUUAGUGUGUGUACUCCAGCUGCAUUUCUUGUGUACAGAUUCAAGAGAGCAACUUGUUUAUCAUCCUUCAACUGUUUGUACAUUGGAUUAGUGCAUUUUCUGGACUAUUAAGUGUAUCUCUUCACCAA